GUUUGGCUAAAAAAGGAAAAGAACACAAAAAGCCUAAAAGAACUUUAACUAAUGAUAUUCUUUGUAAUAAUAAUGAAAUAACUGAAAUAGAUAUUUCUAAUGAAAGUGGUUGGGAUAAAUUGGAGAUUAAAGAUUGUGAAAACCUUGAAACCUUAAUCGCCGAUAAUUGUGAUUUAAAAGAAAUCAAAAUUAUUAAUUGCCCUAACUUGAAAACUUUAUCUUUUAAUUCAGAAGUAACACCAUGCAUUUCCUUUUUUCCCAACUCCAAUAAUUUUUCAAGAGUGUAA